UCUCACUGCUGUGCCUGAGGACUCUUGCCUGUGGUGCUGGUGGCUCCCGGAGGCGGGCUGAGCCUCCCUGCUAUAGUUAGCAGCAGCCCCUUUGCGAUGCUGCGCGCACUGCUUGGGAGGCUAUUUCCAGCCUUGGCCAGACUUCCAUUUCCCUCACUGCUCGUGGCUGCCUGCCAGGGCUCGCACAGUGGCAGGGAAGCGCAGACACCUGUAUGGGGGGCAUGGCCAUGGCAAGGUGGUGGUGCUGCUCCAAGGCUUGGAGCCGGUGCUUCCCUGCAACGUGUCAGGCUGGGGAGUGUCGUUUACUCAUGCUUAGCCUUUGGGGGUGGCCAUGCCCAGGAAUAUCGGUCCUGCCCUGCGGGGCUCAGCUCCGGCCUCAGCCUCCAUCCAGAGCCAGAGCAGUCGUAAGGGGACCCGCCAGUGAAAUCUCAUGGCGUUGGGUCCAGUGCUGGAGCCAGGGCCUUUUGUUUGCUACGGAGUCCACCCCUUGUGUUUCCAGCCCUUCUGGCUGUAGAGCAGACAAAGGGAUUUGCGUGGAACCGAGGCAGAGCUGUUGUCCUGAGUCUGCAGAGAGCCUGAAACAAUAGCUCUGAGCGGUGUGGCCUAAAGUGCACUCUGAACACUAGUGAGGACUGCCCACCAGCCCAAACUUUCCUUGCCCAGGCAUGCUGUGUUAGAGAGCUCAGUGUUCUCCAGACGCGGUUCUGUGGCCCAGUGGGGAGCUGGCAAUUUUCAAGUAGCCCUGGGGGCUGUUGCUGAUUGUAUCCCUCUUGCUCCUCAGUUAAUACAAACUCCGACCCGAGUCUGCCCCAGAGGCCUUGGGCUUCAGCCCAGUGCUGCCAUGUCCAGGGCUGGCUGCAGCAGCAUGUGUGGGUGGGGGGGGCUGCUGCUCCCCGUGGCUAGGGCCUGGCUGAAAGUGACAGGAAAAGAGCGUGAGAAUGUGGGUCUCACGUGCCCCAGCGUGCUGUCCCCCAGCACCCGCAGUGCUGGAGCAAGCUUGGUGCUCAGAGUGACUGGCAGGUUUGGGAAGGGCAGGGAUGGCUGCUGCGGGUGACAGGUGCUGCAGAGUAGAAGGCUCUCUCCACCCACAGCGGGGAGGGGCGGAGCGUCUGGUGCAGCACGGAAAGGGGAGUUUGGAGUCGGGUGCCACGGGGCCCUGCUUUACCUGUCCUGCCUAGGCUGGAGAGCUGGCACACAGCGAGUGUUGGGCUGGAUGCGGGAAGGGGGUGAGCAUGGAGAGCUGUUGUGCCCCCGCCUGGCACACAGGCCCACGUGUCCCUGCAGAGAGAGGGCACCCCCAGUCUGUGCUCCCCCCAUGUGCUCUGCCAUCACCCUGGCUCCGCCCCACGGCCGUGACCUUGAUUUUCUGCUCUAGAUACUCCCUGCGACCACACCCCUUCGGGAGGGAGCCAGCGAGCGAGCCCCCCCCCACAGGCUGUGGGCAGAGGCUGUGAGUCAGCACUGCCCUUCCGAUUGGCAGCAGCCCCUUCUCCUCUCCCGGGAGCUGCAGUCACUUAGAGCCAGCUCUGUGCAGGAAGCAGCAGCAAUUAGCAGCAGCUGCAGCAGCUCCUCCCCAGCUCCCAGCAGCUGGGGAAUCUCCGCCUGCACCUCUGGCUGCGGCUGGCUGAACGCACCAGCGCCCUGCGCCCUGCCUGGCCGGAUCCGGAGCACCCAGCCCUGCUCGGUCUCUGCCCAGCUCCCUGCUCCUCUCUGGGGCCCCAGGCCCUGGCUGGACAUGUGCGGCAGCCGCAUCUCGCCUUACCCACGGGAUCCCCGCCAAGCCUGCGUGGCUGCCCACUGCUUUUGAGAGGGGAGCAACCCUGCCUCCAGCACGUGGGCCAAGGCCCCCACGCCCACGGAGGGGGCCUCGUCGGCUCCAGGCUGGUGCCCAGAGUGCAGCCGGACUGGGCUGGAACACACUCUGUGGCUGCCUUGUCUCUGGACUUUAAAUAUUCAUGCCUUUGAUUUCCUGCUAGCUGGUGACGGCAGGAACUGGGCUGGAGGCAGGGGCUGGUGCAGCAGGCCAGGGAGUGCUGGCAGGCUGGCAGGGUUGGGGCACUGGACUGGACAGUUCUCUCUGGGCAGCACGGCUUAAGGAUAUCCUGACAGGUGGAGGAGCAGCAGCCCUGGGCUCAGCCUGUGGCUCCGGCUGCCUCGCCCACUGGGCCCCGUCGGGUGCAGCCAGCAGCCUGCCUGCUUCCUCUCUGCAGCUGAGCUGGAAUCGCGCAGGGGGCAGGGGUUGCUCUCCAGCUGGCUGCACCAGUGUGUCCCUCCCUGUCCUGUCCUUGCCACACUGCUUGUUAUUGACUGUAGCAAGGUGGGAUCCGUCUGCCGCUGCCUGGGGAGCACUGGCGCACGGGGGGCUGUGUGUCGCGCGGAGAUGAGCUUUGACUGUGAACAGACGCUGCUGCUCCCUCCUGCCUGCUCCCAGUGACGCUCACCCGGUGUCCCUUUGGCUGGGGGCUCGGGGCCGGCUCUCCCAGUGGUCAUGCUGCGCUGGUGGGGGGCUGGCAUGGGAGCUGGCCUCGCCGCAUGUUUCUGGAGUUCCUGCUCUACAGGGUGCUGGCUGCCCUAGGCUCUUCGUCUCUUCAGGGGCCUGCCGUAAGGGCGGGCCAGCGUCUGGAGCCGGAUUGGCCUGCCUGAGCCCCUCCAGCAUGGAUCUGCUGCAAAAGAGUAAAUACAGCCACCUCCGGAACGAGUCGGUCUCCUCCCUGGAGGAGGCAGUGGCUGGCGCAGGGUCCCCGGGGUCCCCAGUGGAGUCCCUUGUGCCCAGUUCCCUGUCGUCCUCCUCCCUCAGCCCCAUGCUGCCCAUCGGGGAGCUCUCGUCGGAGUCCGAGGACAGCCCCACCACCCUGUGCUCCUUCUUCCCCAAAAUGGCCAACCUGAAGCUUUCCUACCCCGCCAACUUGCUCGGCCUGCGGGGCUUCUCGGCUGUCAGCAUGAAGGAGGCGGGGAGCCUCGGGGAGCCGGGUGUGGCGCUGGCUACAGCGGGCGCCCCCAGCCCCGAUUCAGCGGGGCCUGUCGCUGUCUGUCCCCAGGAUAUGAACAAGCUGAGCUGCGGGAAGAAGACGCGGGUGGAAGGCGGCCAGCUGGGGGGCGACGAAUGGACCCGCCACGGCAGCUUCGUCAAUAAGCCCACCCGCGGCUGGCUGCACCCCGACGACAAGGUCAUGGGCCCCGGCGUCUCCUACCUCGUCAGGUAUAUGGGCUGCGUGGAAGUUCUCCAGUCCAUGCGGGCACUGGAUUUCAACACCAGGACGCAGGUCACCAGGGAGGCGAUCAGCCUGGUGUGCGAGGCGGUGCCCAGUGCCAAAGGAGCCGUCCGGAGGAGGAAGCCCUGCGGCCGCUCACUGAACUCCAUCCUGGGCAAGAGCAACCUCAAGUUUGCCGGCAUGCCCAUCACCCUCACCAUCUCCACCAGCAGCCUCAACCUUAUGGCGUCUGACUGCAAACAGAUCAUCGCCAACCAUCACAUGCAGUCCAUCUCCUUCGCCUCCGGGGGGGACCCGGAAACUGCAGAGUACGUCGCCUACGUUGCCAAAGACCCCCCUGCUCUUGUUUCCUCUCCAGCCUGCCAUAUCCUGGAGUGCCCUGAGGGCCUGGCGCAGGACGUGAUCAGCACCAUUGGGCAGGCCUUCGAGCUGCGCUUCAAGCAGUACUUGAAAAACCCCCCAAAGCUUGUAACGCCCCAUGACAGGAUGGCCGGGUUCGACGGCUCGGCCUGGGACGAGGAGGAGGAAGAGCCAUGCCACCAGUACUACAACGACUUCCCCGGCAAAGAGCCGCCCCUCGGGGGCGUGGUGGACAUGCGGCUGCGUGACGGCGCCAGCGCGACACAGACGCCCAAUCAUUGGGGGCAACGCUGGUAAGCAUCGCUUCCUGUGGGCCAGAUGUCCAGCGCAGAGCACGAGCCCCGGAAGCAGCACCCUCCUGCCCAAGGAAGGGAUAUUACCCCCGGCGCCGGCCCAGCCAUUCGCACCGACCUGUUUGACGACCCAUCCUACGUCAACGUGCAGAACCUGGACAGGUCGCGCCAGGCCUCUGCCGCCAGCAUCCCGGGCACGGCCAACGGCAGUGCCCAGCGAGACCUCUUCGACAUGAAACCCUUUGAGGACGCCCUGCGCCCGCCCGCGGUGCCGGUGGGGCUGCCGCCAGCCCAGCUCCUAGCCUCCAUGGAGGAACAGCUGCGGCGGGAGCCCUGGUACCACGGGAAGAUGAGCCGCAAGGAAGCAGAGAAGCUGCUGAAGGUGAACGGGGACUUCCUGGUGCGGGAGAGCACCACCACACCGGGCCAGUACGUGCUGACUGGGCUGCAGGGCGGGCAGCCCAAGCACCUGCUGCUGGUUGACCCUGAGGGAGUGGUGCGGACGAAGGAUCAUCGCUUUGAGAGCGUCAGUCACCUGAUCAGCUACCACAUGGACAAUCACCUGCCCAUCAUCUCGGCAGGCAGCGAGCUGUGCCUGCAGCAGCCCGUGGGAGGAGACUGUGAGGCACCCGGGGGCCUCGGCGGAGCCCCCUGGGCCCCCCCCUGGCCUUCUCAUCCCCUCUCUGCCAGCAGGGCUCUUGGACUGUUUCAGCCACUGCUUCCCAGGAGGCCCUGGGGCUCCCCGUCUCACUGCCAGAAGUUCAGACUCCCUGGGCUCACAUCAGCUCCCCAGAGACAGAGCAGAGCUGGAGGUGGCCGGGGGAGCCGGGGCUGGGUAUUGGGGCAGAGGGAGGGGGCCUGUUUCUGCAUCCAGGGAGCUGCACCAGCCACACCUCCGCUAGCACCAAACUCCAGCCCUGGGCGGCUGCGGGCACUGCGCCGAAGGCCGAUCACAACCACAUGCGCUCGCCCUCGUCCCGUGUCUUCCCCUCAGGCAGGGUGGGUGAGAGGGAGCCUGCCCCACCUCCAAGUACCUGCUGAGCCUCUGGGAGGAAGGUCACGGUUCAAUCCUAUUGGCUCAGAGGCCUGCCUGUCUGGAGGUUGCCAAGUGCUUGGCCCCCUCCCCCCCUGAGAGGCAGCUCACCCCCAGCAGGGAAGGGCUGGAUUUUCAUCUGCCGUUCCCUGCAAUCCCUAAGGGCCAGCACCCAUGGGUGGCACCACCUCUGUGACUCCUUUGGGAGAGCCACCCGUACCCGCACCACAGAGCAGUGCCAGGGCUCCUGCUGCACAGGGCGGGAACAAGGGAGAUCUUCCCAGAGGCUGGGAGUGGAGGGCCCCCUGCCCUCCCUGGGUGAACCUGGUGCUCUGCUCCUCGAAGCACAAGGCUGGGCCGGCCACACACCGAAUGUACCCGAUCACUUUACGUAUUAACUCUGUGCCUUGACCCUCUGCAGGUCCCAGAUACUUAUGCAAAGCAGCUGGCCCUGGGGCAGGCUGGGGCGAGCAGUCAGCCCACCUGGCUGCUGGGGGAGUGCUGGGAGCACAGCCCUGUCCUCACGCAAGGCUCCGCCGGCUCCCAGAGGCCACAGCCAGGCCUGUUCCCAUCCCAGUGUCCUGCUGGCUGGAAGCAGGGCUCAGGUGGCCCCUUUUGCAGCAGGCUGCUCGCUGUCCCACUCCUCAUCCUGGAAGGCAACUUCCAGCCUGUGUCCCAGGGAGGGGCAUAGAUGGAAAUUAGGUGGGGUAAAUGGGGUUCUCCACAGGAGGGCAAGAGCCCCUUGACCCCAUGCCCUCUGGGGGGGCAGUGCUGUACACUAUGCCCUGCUGCCCCUUGGGCAGGCUGUGACACAGCCAGUUCCCUAUACCCCAGCUUGGCCCGGGCCAACCACGCAGCCAGAGGAAGCACGUAGCACCCAGCAAGAUGGCAGCCACAAGGGGGGCACCAGAACUCCCCACAUCAGGGGAUAAGUUGGGUGCUGAGGUCCCAGGGGGAUGGACAAGACCACUGGCCUGAGCUCUGCUGUUUCCCCAGCCAGCGCUAAGCAGCGUCUGCUGGGAGCAGCCUCCUGGGCUUCCCUGGCUCUGCUGCUGUAGCAGGUGAGCCCUCUCGCUGCAGGGCAUGGAGCCUGCCCACCCUGGUCUGCACGGACUGUGGGGAUCCCAGUGUUGCAUGCACAUUGUUAUACUCGGAAGCCAAAGUGUCACCCUCCCCCUCACGCCUCCCGCUCCCCCUGGAGGAGUCAGCCUGGGCUCAGAUGUGGGGAGGGUUUUGCUUUCUCCCUCUCCCUUCUCUCUCCUUUAUAUGGGUUUGAUUUGUUACCAGGUCUUGAUUAUACCAAAGGAAUUGGAUGGUUAUUAUUAAAGUUAGUAUUUCUUUAA